AAUAAAUUUUUUGGCCUGUUGAUCGACUAUUUUAAUUUGUAUUGGACUGCGUCGAUAGCCUAAGGAUUAUAUCAAAGAUGUUAGCAGAUGCUCGAUUCAAAUUCGCCCUUGAUUGCCUGAAGAAGUGUAUCACGAUGGGGCCGAAAAAUAAUUUUUUUUUUAGCCCGCAUCUCUUAUAUCAUAAUCUACUCUUGGCAUAUUUCGGUGCUAUCUACGAUUUGGAAUCUACUCUUAGACAGAUUCUCCAUAUUCCUGAUAGCAUAACAAAAUACACUGUUGAAGAAUAUUAUACCAAUGGAGGAGACGAUUAUUUUUUUUACAUAGCAAAUGGAUCCGAGAACUCCUAUACAUGUCGAAUUUACUAUAAAAUUAUAAUUGAUGAAUCAAAAGGGUUGUAUGUCGACUCAUUGAAUUUACAUGCAACUGCCAAUUCUGUGAAGGAAUGCAAUUUCAGUGACCGUCCCAACCUUGUAAGGAAUUUCGUCAAUAAUAUUGUUUCAUGCACGACGCAAAGCUACAUACAAAAUUUGCUACCACCAAACAGUAUCGAUGAAAAUACUGAAAUAAUCAUGUUCAAUACGAUCUACUUUAAGGGUCGAUUUGACAAAAAUUGUGAUACUGCAGUUGAUACCCAAAAUGAGAAGAAUACACUUAUAGCCAAACAUAUUAUCUACAAAUCUGAGCAGCUAGACCUAUUUAUUACAGAAGUGCCUUGCAAAGAAAAGAAGAUGUCAACGUUUUUCUUGUAUCCGUCACAGAAGGAGUUGGACGAAAAUAAUUCGAUAGAGGUUCAAAAACUGAACAAAUUGCUGGAACAACUAACGACCGAAGAAGGAUCUCGAGAACUUCGUAAAUUGCUGGAUGAUGGGAUACAAGAAUUGGAGGGCAUGGUGUUUCCAAUUACAAUCAAGGAUGUCAAGAUCGAGCAUGACCUGCCAAUAUAUAAAUUAUUAGAGAUGCUGGGCAUUCCAGAUUUUACGCCCAUCUCAGGUACGGCCAAACUAUAUGAUUAUGGUUUUGACAGCGUGCAACUUGGCGACAUCGUGCAUCGUGUCAGUGUUAACCUGACGAGUAAUGAUAUCAUGGCGACCGCGAGUAACGUAAUGUUCACUUACAAUGCUUGUAAACACGCGCGAAAAAUCCCCGAGACUGUAAAUAUUAUAUUCCCGUGUAUCUGCCUGGUUUAUGAUAGAACACGUCAUAACAUCCUUUUCUGUGGCAUGUUACGGGAAAGCUAACAGAAAGUAAAAUUGCAGAUAUUUCUGUAUUUAUGAAGAAGA